AUGUCCUCAUCAAUCAUCCACACAUCAAGUCAAAAUCCAAUGUUAUCAACUUCAGCGGCAUUUAUUGUCCUCCUAUCCGCUCUUCUAGGUUGGAUAUGGGGCAACAGACAGCGAAACCGCCACAGGAGGAGGAUAUCCAAAGACCCAGCGAUAUGUCACCAAAUCAUUGCCGGUAAAGCACAAAAUCACGAACACCCAAACACCCUCUCGCCACACGAAGCGAGAGGCAUCCCAAAUGCGCAUAUCCGCAUCGCCUUCGGAAUCGACAACGCCUUCACCCGCACUGACCGUAUCCAGGCCAGCAAAUUCGUCAAUAAAAUCAAGCCCUUGAUUAACCUCUCACCACAGGACUGGAUUGGCGUAUCCCAAUUCGCCAUAGCGACAACGAACCACUGGAUCAACCAUGGCUUCGACAGUUUUCACCAAGAUAACCGCAGUGGCAGAAUCCGCCUCAACAUCACAAGUCUCGCGCAAAUACUUUCCCUGAAAGUAAUGCUAUGGCUGAUGUUCAACCUCAAGGACCAACGCCACAUACAAGAUGAAAGUCUCCUAAACCUAGCACAAUCCAUUAACCGAGUCUGGAUAUCCUCCAAGCUCAGCAGUGCAAACAACAUAUGCAGAUUCGAAGAUGACAAAAAUCUCCAAACGUCUUUAUUUGAUAUCUUCGGAAAGCACGAUACACCCGAAGACAACCCGCUGAACCUGAUACUACCUUCCUUCGAAACGACAUGGCGCGUCGUCCUCCGCGCCUUCCUGGAACUCAGAUUCGCGACUGGGACAAAGAAUCCGCUAUGGCGGGAGACGAUGAUCGCGUUUGCGCAACAGCCUAGCAAAGAGAUGUUUGAACGCAGGUUGGCCUCCAGCAUAUCCAAGUCCGAUUCGGAGUCACACCGGAAAACCGACCCAAAUGAGCUCGUCGGUGCAGUUAGUGCCGAGGAUAUUGUCUGCGAAGCACUUAGACUGUAUGUACCCACGAGGAGAGUCCGUAGGGCGUACCGGUCGUCGGGAAUGGAGGUGUAUGAGAUUAGAUCUGCUGAUAUUGAGGGGUGUCAUCUGAGAUCUGAUAUCUGGGGUUCUAAGGCAGAGGAAUUUGAUCCGAGGCGUUGGUGUUCAUCGACGGCUGGGCAGAGAGCCUGUUAUAUGCCGUUUGGGCGUGCGCCUUUUGAAUGUCCUGCUAAGCCGAAUUUCGGGCCGAGGAUGAUUGGUGUUUUGGUUGGGUCUUUGUUGGGUGGUCUAGAGGGAGAUGGGCUGGGGGAUUGGAGUUUGGAGUGUGAUGAUAUGGAUGUGGUGGAGCGGAUUGGGGGUGGGGGGAGGUUGUGUCCGCAUAGGAAUGCUUAUGCGAAGGUUUUCUUGGUGCAGACUGCUUCUGGAGGGCUGUGA